AUGAAGCUCAAGGAACUCGAAGCAGAACUGCAACCGCUCAAGGGCUUCGCCGAGCCCAAGCGCGAGCUCGAGCAGUAUGUCACCUCGGCGCACCUCGCCUCGCGCAUGAUCUUCACCGCCGCGACCCAGUUCGACGACAUUGACGAGAAGGACAUCCUCGACCUGGGCUGUGGGUGCGCCGUCCUGAGCAUCGCGAGCGUCAUGAUGGGUGCCGAGUCGGUCACGAGCGUCGACGUCGAUCCUGAAGCGCUCGCCAUCGCCAAGGAGAACGUCGAGAACGUCGAGAUGGAGGAGCACAUCGAGUUUGUCCACGCCGAGAUCGGGCCGCCAGGUGCGGCGCCGACCCACGAGGCGGGCGUGCCGGUCCUCGACCCGUCGAGCCUCGGCAAGAAGUUCGACACGGUCGUCAUGAACCCUCCUUUCGGCUCGUGGCGAAAAGGCAUCGACAUGGCCUUCCUCGAGACGGCCUGCCAGCUCGCCGAGACGGCCGUGUACUCGCUCAACAAGACGUCGACGCGCGAGUUCAUCGAGCGCAAGGCCAAGCAGUUCGGGUUCCAGGGCACCGUCAUCGCGCAGAUGCGGUACGACUUGCCCAGGACGAUGGCGUUCCACAAGCAGAAGAGCGUCGACAUCGAGGUCGACAUGUGGCGGUUCGAGAAGAUGGCCAAGUGAGCGAGGGAGACCAGGACGACUUGGCGGCGUGUUGUAUUCUUACGCAGUGUCUCUCUCC